ACCCGCCAAGACUUGAAGUAGCCGCGGCGGCGUCCGGAGUGGCGCUGGGCUCCCGCGGGGUGCAGCUGCGGCCGGGGAGGGAGUGCCGGGCGGAGCGGCCCGCCUCCCUUUGUGUCCAGGGCCAGGGGCCACCGGAGGGCGGCCCGCUGGCCGGGCCUGCCCUCGGCGCCCCGGACUGUGGGGUCUGGCUGCGGGGUGGACGCCCACCUCUCCGCCCUUCUGAGGUCCCCGGAGACCCAGCUCAUGGUUGACAGCUCAGACAGAGAAAAAUUUGAGGGAGGAUGGAUGCAAAAUCUCGGAAUUGUUUGCUUCAACAUAAAGAAGCUCUGGAAAAGGACAUCAAGACACCCUACAUCAUGGAUCACAUGGUUGGUGAUGGAAUUUUAACAACACUGGAGGAGGAAGAAGUAAGAAAUGAGCCUACUCAACAGAAAAGAGCAGCUUUGCUAAUUAAAAUGAUACUUAAAAAAGAUAAUUAUUGCUACAUAUCAUUCUAUAAUGCUCUACUACUUGAAGGAUAUAAAGAUCUUGCUGCCCUUCUCCAAGAUGGCAUUCCUGUUGUCUCUUCUUCCAGUGACAAAGAUUCAGUUGGUGGAAUAACUACAUAUGUAAGGACAGUUCUAUGUGAAGGUGGAGUACCACAGAGGCCAGUCGUUUUUGUUACUAGAAAGAAGCUGGUGAAUGCAAUUCAGCAGAAGCUCUUCAGAUUGAAUGGUGAACCUGGAUGGGUCACCAUAUAUGGAAUGGCAGGCUGUGGGAAGUCUGUAUUAGCUGCAGAAGCUGUUCGAGAUCAUUCUCUCUUAGAAGAUUGCUUCCCAAGUGGUGUGCAUUGGGUUUCAGUUGGGAAACAAGACAAAUCUGGGCUUCUGAUGAAACUGCAGAAUCUUUGCGCACGGUUGGAUCAGGAUGAGAGUUUUUCCCAGAGGCUUCCACUUAAUAUUGAAGAGGCUAAAGAUCGUCUCCGCAUUCUGAUGCUUCGCAAGUACCCAAGGUCUCUGUUGAUCUUGGAUGAUGUUUGGGAUCCUUGGGUGUUGAAAGCUUUUGAUAAUCAGUGUCAGAUUCUUCUUACAACGAGAGACAAGAGUGUUACAGAUUCAGUAAUGGGUCCCAAAUAUGUAGUCCCUGUGGAGAGUGGCUUAGGAAAAGAAAAAGGACUUGAAAUUUUAUCCCUUUUUGUUAAUGUGAAGAAAGCGGAUUUGCCAGAACAAGCUCAUAGUAUUAUAAAAGAAUGUAAAGGUUCUCCCCUUGUUGUAUCUUUAAUUGGUGCGCUUUUACGUGAUUUUCCCAAUCGCUGGGAUUACUACCUCAGACAACUUCAGAAUAAGCAAUUUAAGAGAAUAAGGAAAUCUUCAUCUUAUGAUUAUGAGGCUCUGGAUGAAGCCAUGUCUAUAAGUGUGGAAAUGCUCAGAGAAGACAUCAAAGAUUAUUAUACAGAUCUUUCCAUCCUUCAGAAGGAUGUUAAGGUGCCUACAAAGGUGUUAUGUAUUCUCUGGGACAUGGAAACUGAAGAAGUUGAAGACAUACUGCAGGAGUUUGUUAAUAAGUCUCUUUUAUUUUGUGAUCGGAAUGGAAAAUCAUUUCAUUAUUAUUUACAUGAUCUUCAAGUAGAUUUUCUUACAGAGAAGAAUCGCAGUCAGCUUCAGGAACUUUGUGCCUUAAUGUUUUCCCUGGAUUGGAUUAAAGCAAAAACAGAACUCGUGGGCCCUGCUCAUCUGAUUCAUGAAUUUAUGGAAUACAGGCAUAUAUUGGAUAAAAAGGAUUGUGCAGUCUGUGAGAAUUUUCAAGAGUUUUUAUCUUUAAAUGGACACCUUCUUGGACGACAGCCAUUUCCUAAUAUUGUACAACUGGGUCUCUGUGAACCGGAAACUUCAGAAGUUUAUCAGCAAGCUAAGCUGCAGGCCAAGCAGGAGGUCGAUAACGGAAUGCUUUACCUGGAAUGGAUAAACAAAAAAAACAUCAAGAAUCUCUCCCGCUUAGUUGUCCGCCCCCAUACAGAUGCUGUUUACCAUGCCUGCUUUUCUCAGGAUGGUCAGAGAAUAGCUUCUUGUGGAGCUGAUAAAACUUUACAGGUGUUCAAAGCUGAAACAGGAGAGAAACUUCUAGAAAUCAAGGCUCAUGAGGAUGAAGUGCUUUGUUGUGCUUUCUCUGCAGAUGACUCGUUUAUAGCAACCUGCUCAGUGGAUAAAAAAGUGAAGAUUUGGAAUUCUGUGACUGGGGAACUAGUACAUACCUAUGAUGAGCACUCAGAGCAAGUCAAUUGCUGCCAUUUCACCAACAGGAGUCAUCAUCUUCUCUUAGCCACCGGGUCAAGUGACUUCCUCCUCAAACUCUGGGAUUUGAAUCAAAAAGAAUGUCGAAAUACCAUGUUUGGCCAUACAAAUUCAGUCAAUCACUGUAGAUUUUCACCAGAUGAUAAGCUUUUGGCUAGUUGUUCAGCUGAUGGAACAUUAAAGCUUUGGGAUGUAAAAUCAGCAAACGAGAAGAAAAGCAUUAAUGUGAAACAAUUCUUCCUAAAUUCAGAGGACCCCCAAGAGGAUAUGGAAGUGAUAGUGAAAUGUUGUUCAUGGUCUGCUGAUGGUGCUAGGAUAAUGGUGGCAGCAAAAAAUAAAAUCUUUCUUUUUGACAUUCAUACCAGUGGCCUAUUGACAGAAAUCCACACAGGCCAUCACAGCACCAUCCAGUACUGUGACUUCUCCCCUCAUAACCAUUUGGCAGUAGUGGCUUUGUCCCAAUACUGUGUGGAGCUGUGGAAUAUAGAUUCAUGUUUAAAGGUAGCUGAUUGCAGAGGACAUUUAAGUUGGGUUCAUGGUGUGAUGUUUUCUCCUGAUGGAUCAUCAUUUUUAACAUCUUCUGACGACCAGACAAUCAGGCUCUGGGAGACAAAGAAAGUAUGUAAGAACUAUGAUAUAGUGUUAAAGCAAGAAGUAGAUGUUGUGUUUCAAGAAAAUGGAGUGAUGGUCCUUGCAGUUGACAAUAUAAGACGUCUACAACUCAUUAAUGGAAAAACAGGUCAGAUUGAUUAUCUGACCGAAGCUCAAGUUAGUUGCUGUUGCUUAAGUCCACAUCAUCAGUAUAUUGCAUUUGGAGAUGAAGAUGGAGCCAUUGAGAUUUUAGAACUUCUAAACAACAGAAUCUUCCAGUCCAGAAUUCGGCACAAGAAAGCUGUACGGCAUAUCCAGUUCACAGCCGAUGGGAAGACUGUUAUUUCAAGUUCUGAUGAUUCUGCAAUUCAGGUGUGGAAUUGGCAAUCAGAGGAGUAUGUCUUUCUGCAAGCCCAUCAGGAAACAGUGAAAAAUUUUAGGCUCUUGAAAAAUUCAAGACUGCUUUCUUGGUCAUUUGAUGGAACAGUGAAGGUAUGGAAUAUUAUUACUGGAAGAAUGGAAAAAGACUUCAUCUGUCAUCAUGGUACGGUACUUUCUUGUGAUAUUUCUCUGGAUGCUACUAAGUUUUCAUCUACCUCUGCUGACAAGACUGCAAAGAUUUGGAGUUUUGAACUCCUUUCCCCUCUUCAUGAGUUGAGGGGCCACACCGGCUGUGUGCGCUGUUCUGCCUUCUCUGUGGACAGUACCCUGCUGGCGACUGGAGAUGACAAUGGAGAAGUCAGGGUAUGGAAUGUCUCCAAUGGUGAGCUUCUCCAUUUGUGUGCUCCGAUUACAGAAGAAGGAGCUACUACCCACGGAGGCUGGGUGACUGACCUUUGUUUUUCACCAGACAGCAAAAUGCUUGUCUCUGCUGGAGGGUAUCUUAAGUGGUGGAAUGUUGUCACCGGAGAAUCCUCACAGACUUUCUACACAAAUGGAACCAAUCUUAAGAAAAUACAUGUGUCCACUGACUUCAGAACAUUUGUGACUGUUGAUAAUCUUGGUAUUUUAUAUAUUUUACAGAUUUUAGAGUAAAAUAGUUAAGCAUUAAUGUAAGUUGAACUCUUUAAUUUUGAAUUGAAAAAAAUUUUAGUGAACCUCUCUGUAUAUCAACUUUUUAUAAAGCUGUGAAUUGUUUUGCAGUAUUGCAUUAAUUAUAGGAAUAUUUGUGGUUGGAUGAAUAAUAUUGUAGCUUUUUCCCAAGUGAACACACCUUUAAUUGUUUUUUAUAAUCAUCGUCAUUAUUAACAGUUUGUCCUUAAGAUGCAAAUGAAAAUGUAAAUACAUACCUUGUUAUACUGUUGGUAAAAUUCUCUAGAUGCAUUGAAAUUGGUUGACAUAAUUAAUGAGAAGAAUUUGAAGGAAAUCUGUAUUUUAAUACUGUCAUCACGCAGGCUGUACCUCAGGGUAGCAGUGGCCUGCUUUCUGAACCACGCUUACCCCACAGGGGUAUAGUUCUCCCAAAUACAAUCUUGCAGUUUACUUGCACUCUUUUUAUUUGCUUUAUAAAUAUUAUAUCUGUGGGCACAGUCUGAAACAUUUUCCUUAAUUGACUCAAGUGAGUCUUGGAUUUCAGCAGUUCUUUCUAUGAAGCAAAAACUAUGAGUUGCAGACAGUACAUUGUGUGGGUCUGCCUUUUUCUCCUGUCGCUGAUGGCAGCCCUGUGCUGUCACUGGGCUCCAGUUGUCAGAAUCAGAGUGGGGCACUAUUCUGCUGUCUCUGGUUUCUUAUAUACCAGACUUCUUACUUGACUGAACUUGACCUUUCUUAAUCCUCACUUUUUUCUUUUUUUAAAAGCAGUUGCUCCACAGCUAAGUGUUAGUAAAUUGGAAUAACUGGGGAGGAAGGGAUCACUUUUAAUCAUAUAUUUUUCUAAGAAAUGUGAAAUAGUAAACAUAAUUUCCUUCUAAUUCCAUUUAUUUUUGGAUGAAUGGCAUUGUCAAUGCUAUUCUCUUUGUAGAUUUCAAGAGAAUUCUUUGUGGUUUUCUAUGCAGUUCCAGAAGAGUCACUGUGCCUCUGGAAGAUGUCAGCUUUAACCUCCAACCACCUUGUCUUCCUUCCCCUUCUCUCUCCUCCCUGCCUCCCAGUACUUUCUUCUUUCCUCUCUUCCUUUCCCUUUCUCUUCCCUCCAAGGUAAUCAGGAAGGGUAGCUUUUCUUUUCACAGGGGAAAAACUCAUCGGCAUCAAUAACUAGCUAUCUGUGACCUCCUGAUUAGGAACUGUAAUCAAAGCUUAAAUCUAAAUGUUUUCCCUGAAAUAUAUUAUUAAGGGCA